AUGCCUAAUCAAGCUCUUGAUGCCAACCCUCCUACUGGGUCUGUUCAGCAUAUCACCGUCCGCGGUUCGGACUGGCUUUGGGCCGUCUUUGCCAUCAUGACGUUCACUGAUAUCGUUGUCUUCUUUUGGCAAUUCACUCUUCCUCGAGGUCAACGAGUGUUCCAUCAGCUUGCUAUGUACGUUCGAUACAUUGAUUGGGUGAUCACUACUCCAUCACUCCUUUUGACAUUGGUCCUGGCUUCGGGUCUUCCUCUUUCAGACAUUAUCGCUCUGUGCUACUUUGACUUAGUUAUGAUCGUUACCGGUCUUGUCGGAGCUCUCGUAGUAAGCAGCUACAAGUGGGGCUUUUAUGCUUUCGGUUGUGCAGCCUUGUUCUAUAUCUGGUGGGUACUCGCAGGACCUGCUCGAAGCAGCGCAGGUGCUCUUGGUCCUGGGUACAAAAGCGCAUUCACCAAAUCCGCUGCUAUCCUCUCUUUCCUCUGGCUUCUUUACCCAAUUGCAUGGGGUCUUGCCGAUGGUGGAAACGUCAUCACCCCCGACUCUGAGAUGAUCUUCUACGGUGUCCUCGACGUCCUUGCCAAACCAGUGUUUACCAUUUUCCACCUCUACAGUCUCUCCAAACUCGACCUCAGCUUGCUUCAACUCUCAUCUGGCAAAUUCUCCACUUCUGGCGGAGUCUUUGAUCGAGAAAAGCACGCCGCCGCUGGUAUUCCUGCAACCGUAGGCACCAACAAUGCCAGCUCGAAGGGCGGAUUCUUUGGUCGACGAGCUCAACGUGAAACUGCUGCGGCCGAACCCCGUAUUUCGGGAGCUACUGCCGUUAACGCUUAG